AUGUCCACGUCAGCGGCACCAGUGCCUCGAAAAGUGACGGUUUUGGGAGCUGCUGGCGGCAUUGGCAAUCCGUUGAGCCUGCUGCUCAAAAUGAAUCCGCUUGUAACGGAUCUGGCCCUGUAUGACGUCACGGGCAUGCCUGGCGUAGUUGCUGACCUCAGCCACAUCUGCACGAGAACCAAGGUCAGCAGCUACCUCGGGCCGUACGAGCUGCCGGACGCGCUGCGGGGGUCGCACGUGGUGCUGGUGCUGGCGGGAGUGCCGUACCGGUCGUUCAUGAACGACGACGACCGCUUCUGCAUGAACGCGGGGAUCGUGCGAGGGUUGUGCGAGUCGAUCGCCAAGCAUAGUCCAGAGGCGGUGAUAGGGGUUAUCACGAACCCCCUCAACGCCACGGUGCCGAUAGCAGCAGAGGCCAUGGCGGGAGCAGGCAGGUACGACGCGAGGCGGCUGUUGGGAAUCACGUCGCUGCACGGUGUGCGAGCCAGAGCUCUUCUGGCUGAGGCAACGGGGCUGAGGGCGACAGAUCUGUCAGUGCCCGUGGUGGGAGGCAACAGAGACAACACAAUAGUUCCUCUCUUCUCACAGACCACUCCAGCAGUUUCCUUGCGAGAGGAGGAGCGCGUGAGGCUGGUGAGGAGGGUGAGAGCGAGUGGCAUGCAGGUGAUCACAGCCAAGGACGGCAAGGGCUCUGCCAUCAUGGCUCCAGCGUUUGCAGCUGCCAGCUUCACGAAUUCGCUGCUCAAGGCUCUGAACGGUGAAGCUGUUACGGAGUAUGCGUAUGUGGCUUCAAGCGUAACAGAUGCACCAUUCUUUGCUUCGAAGGUUCAACUUGGCCCCAACGGGGUGGAAAAGGUGUUCCCAGUUGAGGGCAUGAAUCCUGGAGAACGGAAAGAUAUCGAAAGUGCUAGGCGCCAACUAGCCGCGCCUUCCGCGGCGCACCACUCGCACAACCGCGCGUCGCGUCUCGACGAGAGCGCGCAGAAGUGGGGCGGAGUUCUCCGCCUCGGCGACGGGAAGAGCGGCGGCGGCGGAGAGUUCUCCGCUUGGUCCCCCGUGAAGGUCCCGCCCCGCGUAGCCGCGCCGCCGCCCCGAGCGCAACCUACCAAGGCGCAAAGACAGCGCUCCGCCAAGGCGCGCGCGAGCAGCGGAAGUGGCGCUGUGUUGCGCGGAGAGCCCACCGCAAUCGCCGUCGCCGUGCCGGUACCGAAUGGGUUGUCCGUCGGCCUUGGCGACUCCGUCCGCGAGCCCACCGGAGCUCCGCGUUCCGCGGCACUCGACGCAAAGAGCAUGGCGGAAGCCUUGGAAAUUUCCCCCUUAACAGCUGCCGCGAUGGUCGCGGCAAUCGGCGCUUGCGCCGUCUCCGCGCCGUUCGCGCUCGGGUUUCUCUCCGCCGACGCGCCGCUGCAGACGAACGUGCUAGCGUACAUCACGGCGAUGAUCGGCCUCUACAUGGCGUGGAACAUCGGCGCGAACGACGUGUCGAACGCGAUGGGCACAUCAGUCGGGUCCGGCGCGCUGUCGAUGCGGACCGCGGUGCUCGUGGCGGGGGUGCUGGAAUUCGGCGGCGCGAUGCUCGUCGGGGGGCACGUGAGCGACACGAUGCAAACGGGGAUUAUCGAUCCCGGGCUUUUCGUGAACGACCAACCGCUGCUGUUCACGGGGAUGGUCUCUUCGCUCGCCGCAGCCGGCACGUGGCUACAGAUCGCGACGCACUUCGGAUGGCCCGUGUCGACCACGCACUGCAUCGUUGGUGCGAUGGUGGGGUUCGGUUUCAUCUACGGCGGCGCGGACGCGGUUUGCUGGGACUCGCUGUCCCACGUGGCGUCUUCAUGGGUGCUCUCGCCCGUGCUCGGAGCUACUGUAGCGUACAGUAUCUACACCGCAAUUCAGAAAUACGUUUACGAAGCAGAGUCGCCCGCUCACGCCGCUUCCAGCGCAGCUCCGUACCUCGUGGGGCUGGGCGUCUUCGCGUUUUCGUUCUCCUCGUUAUACACUGGGGACGACGCGUUCGCGCCAGCCGCGUUGGGGUCUCUUGCAGCGGGUACAGUGGCCGCGGGUGUAGCAUCUCUCUUUAUGAAAAAACAGGUUCUAUCCGCGUGUUUCAUGUCGUUCGCUCAUGGCUCCAACGACGUCGCCAACGCGAUCGGCCCCAUCGCUGCUGCGCUCAACAUUCUCUCCGCUUCCGCCGUUGCCGCUACCUCUCCUGAUGCUGCGGAUGCUGCUGUUGCCGCGGCCGCUGCCGCGCCUACCUCGCACAUUCUCAUGUGGGGUGGUUUCGGCAUCGUCGCAGGGCUACUCGUGUGUGGUUACCAGGUGAUUUCGACUAUCGGCGGGAAAAUCACCGAAAUCACCCCGACGCGCGGUUUCGCAGCGGAAUUUGCAGCGGCCUCGGUAGUGGUGCUGGCAUCUCGAUUAGGGUUACCAGUCUCGGCGACGCACACGCUGGUGGGAGCGGUUAUGGGGGUGGGUCUGGCGCAAGGGGGAAGCGGGGGAGUUCGCGGGGAGGUUCUGGCGGAGAUUGCUGCAUCGUGGGCGAUUACCAUCCCCGCUGGUGCAGCACUCGCUGUUAUGUACUCCGCUGCUCUGUCCCAGAUCGUGCCGGCUUUCUUCUGA